CAACUAAGAUCUGUACUUCACGUAUCCAUUGGUCCAAGAUUAAGCAGAAAAAAAAGAUGAACUUUUAUCUAAAAAAUUAUCAGAAUUUGCUGAUAAAGUUCCACACUUUCAAAAGCUGAUUUCAAUUUGGCAACUGGGUAUUUGAUUUCUUUGCUGGUAGUGGUGGUUUUGUGGAAGAAUGAAGGUGGAUAAGAUUGAAGAGAGUGGUGUGAGGUUGUUGGGUAGAAGCAAUAGCAGCAGUGGCGGGAGCAGUGAGUCAAGGUGGGUUGAUGGCAGUGAAGUGGACUGGGAUGAGGUACUUCCAUGGUCUAAGCACCAUGGUAGAGAAGGCUAUGGUUCAAUCAGGAGGAGGCUUAUCAAGAAGCCCAAGAGAGUUGAUUCUUUUGAUGUUGAAGCCAUGGAGAUUGCUGGAACUCAUGAUCAACAUCACAAGGACGUUUCCAUUUGGCCAACUCUUGUAUUAGCAUUUAAGACUCUUGGUGUGGUAUAUGGUGACAUGGGAACAAGUCCUCUAUAUGUUUUUGCUGAUGUCUUCAGCAAGGUUCCAAUUGGAUCAGAUGUUGAUAUCUUGGGGGCGUUAUCAUUAGUAAUGUAUACAAUAGCCCUUAUUCCAUUAGCCAAAUAUGUUUUUAUAGUCCUCAAAGCAAAUGAUAAUGGAGAAGGAGGAACUUUUGCGCUAUACUCGCUGAUUUGCAGGUAUGCAAAUGUGAAUCUGCUUCCAAAUCGUCAACAAGCUGAUGAACAGAUCUCUAGUUUUAAGCUCAAACUGCCUACUCCAGAAUUGGAAAGGGCUUUAAAAAUAAAGGAAAUUUUGGAAACGAAAAACACUUUGAAAAACCUAUUGUUGGUGUUGGUUCUUCUGGGAACUUCCUUGAUUAUUGGAGAUGGUAUUCUAACCCCAGCAAUAUCAGUGAUGUCUGCCAUAAGUGGUCUGCAGGGUCAAAUAAAUGGAUUUGGUACAGGUGAAGUUGUUGGUGUUUCUAUUGUAGUCCUGGUGGCUUUGUUCAGCAUACAGCGGUUUGGUACCAGUAAAGUGGGUUUCAUGUUUGCCCCUGUAAUUGCUUUAUGGUUCCUAUCUCUGGGUUCUAUUGGAAUAUAUAAUAUACUUAAGUAUGAUAUUACUGUUUUGAGAGCAUUCAAUCCAGUCUAUAUCUAUUAUUUCUUCAAGAAUAAUGGCAAAGGUGCAUGGUCAGCUCUUGGUGGUUGUGUUCUGUGCAUUACAGGUGCUGAGGCAAUGUUUGCAGAUCUGGGUCAUUUCACAGUACCAUCAAUUCAGAUUGCCUUCACUUGUAUGGUAUUUCCCUGUCUCCUCCUUGCUUAUAUGGGCCAAGCUGCUUAUUUGGUGAAGAACCCCACUUCUUAUUCAAGGAUAUUCUACGACUCUGUUCCAGGGAGUCUCUUCUGGCCUGUGUUUGUUAUAGCCACACUUGCCGCAAUGAUUGCCAGCCAAGCAAUGAUAUCUGCUACAUUUUCAUGCGUAAAGCAAUCUAUGGCUUUGGGAUGCUUCCCCAGGCUCAAGAUAAUUCACACCUCAAAAAAGUUCAUGGGUCAAAUUUAUAUCCCUGUUAUUAAUUGGUUUCUGAUGAUCAUGUGCAUAGUUGUGGUUUCCAUCUUCCAAAGCACUACUGAUAUUGCAAAUGCAUAUGGCAUUGCUGAAGUUGGUGUCAUGAUGGUUAGCACCACCUUGGUGACACUUGUAAUGCUUUUAAUUUGGCAGACUAACUUGUUUUUGGCAUUUUGUUUCCCAAUUAUAUUCGGUUCAGUGGAGCUCACUUACAUGUCUUCUGUCCUAUCAAAAAUCUUUGAGGGUGGUUGGCUUCCACUUGCCUUUGCUACCUUUUUUCUCUCUGUGAUGUACACCUGGAACUAUGGGAGUGUAUUGAAGUACCGAAGUGAAGUUAGAGAGAAGGUUUCAAUGGACUUGAUGCUUGAACUUGGCUCCAAUCUUGGAACAGUGAGAGUGCCAGGAAUAGGAUUGCUAUAUAAUGAACUUGUCCAUGGCAUUCCCUCUAUUUUUGUGCAGUUCUUGCUAAGCCUUCCAGCUCUUCACUCUACUAUAGUUUUUGUCUGCAUUAAAUAUGUCCCAAUCCCUGUGGUUCCUCAAGAGGAAAGGUUCCUAUUUCGAAGAGUUUGCCCGAAAGAUUACCAUAUGUUCCGCUGUGUUGCAAGGUAUGGUUACAAAGAUGUAAGGAAGGAAGAUCACCAUGCAUUUGAGCAACUUCUUAUUGAAAGUCUUGAGAAAUUCUUGAGAAUAGAAGCUCAAGAAACUGCCUUGGAAUUGGAGGGAAACUUAACUGACAACACGGACAAUGUCUCAGUGAAUACAAGGGAUUCUGAUAUUCCUGCUGGUAGUGUGGCAGAGGAGCUUAGGAUUCCACUGAUGCAUGGUCAGAAUUCAGAAGAAACAGAAGCUUCUACGUCUUGGGAAGCUCCAUCGGCAUUACCAUCUAGUUACAUGGCUUCAGAUGAAGAUCCUGGUCUUGAAUAUGAGCUUGCAGCACUAAGAGAAGCAAUAGAAUCAGGAUGCACCUAUUUGCUUGGACAUGGGUCUGUGAGGGCAAAGAAGAACUCUCUUUUCUUUAAGAAAUUGGUGAUAAAUUAUUUCUAUGCAUUUCUCAGGAAGAACUGCAGAGGAGGUACUGCAAACAUGAGAGUACCUCACACCAAUAUCAUUCAAGUGGGGAUGACAUAUAUGGUGUGACUGAGCCAACUUUCUGAUAAUUAUGCAAUGCAACCUCAGUCUGAAACACAUGCUGUUAUUGGUAUUUUUCUUUAUUGUCAACAGUGAUUGGUAAAAUUUUCGUAGUAUAUGUUGGCUCACCAAUGUAAUUUGUCUUCAGAACUCUCGGCUUGUGUUGCAUGUUACCAAAGUGAUGGAGCCAACUUAGUUCAUAUAUGACAUUGUUUCAGAAUCUUUGCUUGUGUAAUUGUUUCAUUUCUCAACCCAUAAUGUAAAGUAAAAAUUCAUUGGUGUUUGUACAUUUUUAUGUUUUAUGGGCCAAGCCAGCGAAAGCUCUGCUAGACCCCAGUUGUUCUGAGUUGAUAGACCAAAAUAUGCUUUGAUAGAAUAUAACCUUACUGAUUAGCUGGCACUUAGUUAGAUUAGUGUAGAUGACUCACCAACAUUAUGUGGGUCCUUAUAUAAUACUCAAGUGUAUCUGU